UGGCGUCUCGUAAAGAAAGAUAGGAUGGCCUGAAAGGGGUGUCGGUCUUGGUCGAAAAAUGGUUGACAGCGACACAUUAGAUAAAGUUUGAAGCGUUCAUCUACUUUAAAACCAUCGGUACCACCCAUGCUCCGCUCGUCGCCUCUUUGGUAGAAAGGGAUACAUGGGAAUAUCAGGUUGAAACGCGGUCAACUCGCUAGCAACGGCAGCUAGCUUUAGCCAACUGGUCCGACACAGCUGUCCGACGUUAGCUAAACCAGCAGACAUCAACACAGCAAAGAAAGAAGCGCAGCCACCAGCCCUUUACUACCCCAGGACAACGAAGUGUCUGUGGGGCAAUGGAAGUGGAAGAGUUUGUCCCUCCACCGGAGUGUCCAGUCUUUGAGCCCUCAUGGGAGGAGUUUCAGGAUCCUCUAGGAUACAUUGCCAAGAUACGUCCCAUUGCAGAGAAGUCUGGAAUCUGCAAAAUUCGACCUCCUCCGGACUGGCAACCACCUUUUUCAGUGGAACUGGACACCUUUCGUUUCACACCUCGUAUCCAGAGGCUAAAUGAGUUGGAGGCAGAAACACGGGUCAAGUUGAAUUAUUUGGACCGCAUUGCAAGAUACUGGGAGAUUCAGGGAUCCUCACUGAAAAUCCCACAUAUUGAAAGGCGCAUUGUUGAUUUAUUUAGUUUGUCAAAGAUUGUAACAGAUGAAGGCGGGUUUGAGAUGGUGUGUAAGGAGCGCCGCUGGGCUCGUGUGGCCCAGAGGCUUGGCUAUCCCACAGGCAAAAAUGUGGGUUCUCUUCUGCGAUCACAUUAUGAAAGGAUUGUGUAUCCUUUUGAAAUGUUCCAGUCCGGCUCCAGUUUGAUGCAUUGCAAACCAAGGCACUAUGACGGGGAGGAAGUGGAUAAAGAAUACAAGCCCCACUCCAUCCCUUUCCGUCAGUCUGUCCCUCCGUCCAAAAUGAACAGCUACGGUCGCCGUGCCAACCGCUGUCAACCAGAUGGUCCAGAGGAUGUGGCCCCUCAUCCUCUCAGCACAGGCUCUGAGCUCCACUCUGCGCCUGAGCCAACAGAGGAGGACAUUGAGAAAAACCCAGAGCUUAAAAAACUACAGAUCUACGGAGCAGGACCUAAAAUGAUGGGACUUGGACUUGUAGCCAGAGACAAAGGCAUUAAGAAAAAAGAAGAGCUGCCUCAAACGAUUACCAUUAAGGAAGGCGCGUCCCCUUCUGUGGUCAAUGCUGCAGUCAAGAAUGAGCUUGAUGUAUCACAAGAAAAAAAGACUGAAGAGAGUGACCCCAGCCCCUCCCCUCCUCCCUCCAGUGUCACAGUCAAGCCAGAUAUAAAGAAAGAGGAGGCGGUGGAGGAGAAAGAUCUAGGGCCCGAUGACCGUGCCAAAAUGACUAUGAGGCUUCGGCAAAACAUCAACACAACUUCGGUGGACUCCUUUGUGUGUCGCAUGUGCGGUCGUGGAGAUGACGAUGAGAAACUCGUGCUGUGUGAUGGAUGUGAAGACAACUACCACACCUUCUGUCUCUUACCCCCGCUCACUGACCUCCCAAAGGGCAGAUGGCGCUGUCCGAAAUGUGUUGCAGAGGAGUGUAAGAAACCCACAGAAGCUUUUGGCUUUGAACAGGCUACACGAGAAUAUACUCUGCAAAGUUUUGGUGAAAUGGCAGAUGCUUUCAAAGCUGAUUACUUCAACAUGCCGGUCCAUAUGGUUCCCACAGAGCUGGUGGAGAGGGAGUUUUGGAGGUUGGUGAGCAGCAUCGAGGAGGACGUGACAGUGGAGUAUGGAGCCGACAUUCACUCGAAAGAGUUUGGCAGUGGAUUCCCAAUGAACAAUGGCAAAAGGACUCUCACAGAAGAAGAGGAGAAUUAUGCCCGCUCCGGCUGGAACCUGAAUGUGAUGCCUCUGCUGGAGCAGUCCCUGUUGUGCCACAUCAAUGGAGACAUCUCUGGAAUGAAGGUGCCCUGGCUCUACGUAGGAAUGGUUUUCUCUGCUUUCUGCUGGCACAUUGAGGACCACUGGAGCUACUCUAUCAACUACCUGCACUGGGGUGAGCCUAAAACAUGGUAUGGCGUCCCAUCGGUGGCAGCAGAGAGACUGGAGGAGGUGAUGAAAAAACUGACUCCGGAGCUGUUUGAGUUUCAGCCCGAUCUGCUACAUCAGCUAGUCACCAUCAUGAACCCAAACAUCCUCAUGGCACACGGGGUACCGGUGGUGCGCACUAAUCAGUGUGCAGGAGAGUUUGUCAUCACUUUUCCCAGAGCAUACCAUAGUGGCUUUAAUCAGGGUUACAACUUUGCCGAAGCAGUCAACUUUUGCACUGCAGACUGGCUCCCGGCAGGUCGCUCCUGUAUUGAGCAUUACAGGCAUCUCAGGAGGUACUGCGUGUUUUCCCAUGAGGAACUCACCUGCAAAAUGGCAACAUGUCCAGAAAAACUAGACCUCAACAUGGCUGCAGCUACACACAGAGAGAUGUUUAUUCUCGUACAAGAAGAGAGGAAGCUAAGGAAGGCUCUGAUGGAAAGGGGCAUCACUGAGGCAGAGAGAGAGGCAUUUGAGCUUCUUCCUGACGAUGAGCGACAGUGUGAUAAAUGUAAAACCACAUGCUUCCUGUCUGCCCUUGCCUGCUCCAACUGCCCCGAGAGGCUGGUGUGUCUCUACCACACUCAGGACCUGUGCAACUGCCCCACUGACAAACUCUACCUCAGAUAUAGAUAUACGCUGGAUGAGUUGUUGGCCAUGUUGCACCGAUUAAAGGUUCGCUCUGAGUCCUUUGAUUCGUGGGCCAGCAGAGUUAAGGAGGCACUGGAACAAGAGGGAGGAAACAAGAUUGACAUUGAUGCUCUUGAGAAACUGAAGUCAGAAGCCUGUGAGAAAAAGUUUCCCGACAAUGAACUGCUUCGCAAACUCAACAGUGUUCUGAAUGACAACGAGCGCUGUCAAAAAGCAAGUGCAGACCUCCUCAGUUUAUCAAAAACGGGUGAAAACAAAAUGACAGCAGCUGAGCUAACGUCACUGGUGGAAACCAUGCAGAAUCUGCCCUGUGUAGUGAAUAAGUUAGAUGAAGUAAAGGCGGUUGUACAAACAGUGGAGUCUUUCCAGCAGCUGGCUCAGACCUUUAUAAACAGCAAAGACUGGAGAAAAGAGUCUCCUCCGGCAGAGCAGCUCCAGGCUCUGCUGGAGCAGGGGGAUACUCUGCCUGUGACUGUGCCAGAGAGUGAUCUUCUGCGGGGGCUGAAGGAGCAGGGCCGCUGGCUGGCAGACGUGCGGUGCACUUUGGGCACAGACAGUGGCGAGCGACAGGAGGUGACUCUGCCUGUGCUCAGGAGUCUUAUGGAGGCGGGCUGUAACGUUCCCCAGAGCAUCUCUGUGGAGACGGCCAUGGCCGAACUACAGGAGCUGCUCACUAUUGCCGAGCGCUGGGAGGAGAAGGCUCAGAUCUGUCUGGAGCAGAGACAAAAACACCCUCUUUCCACCCUGGAGGCAAUAGUCAGCGAAGCCCAACUCAUCCCAGUGAAGCUGCCCAACAUCAUGGCCCUACAGGGCUGUCUGACACGGGCACGGGCCUGGGUCACAGAUCUGGAGGAAAUUCAGAACGGGGAGCAUUAUCCAUGUCUAGAUGAUCUUGAGGGUCUUGUGGCAAUUGGAAGGGACUUGCCAGUAUUUAUGACUGAGCUCAGACAACUUGAACUACAAGUGACCAGUGCUCACUCGUGGAGGGACAAAGCCAGCAAGACCUUCCUAAAGAAAAGCAGUCAGCAUAGUCUGCUAGAGGUUUUAUGUCCAUGUGCAAAAAGGCGAGAGAAGAGGGAGCACACUGAGCCCAUGGAGGACCCUUUGGACGAUACCGAUAACAACACAUUAGGGCUCUCUGCACAGGAUCUGAGGGAUCCUGCUGCUAUUGUUAUGGCUUUCAAAGAAGGGGAGCACCAAGAGAAGGAAGUACUUCUGCGGUUACAGAAAUUAAAUUUGUGUAAAUCUGGUGUGUCAUGUUACAAGGAGGAAAAGGAGAACGGAGGCUGGGACAGUGCCAUAGAAACAGACUCAUCAAACCACUCAGAGAACUCUGUGAAAGAGAACGGGAGCCCUCCGAGUGUGUGUGUUUGCGGGGGGAGACCUCGUGCUCCUCAACUGCGCUGCCAUCUUUGUAAGGACUGGUUUCACGGAGGCUGUGUCACUUUCCCCUCGCUACUCCCCUCCUCAACAGAACAGUUUAAUGCCCUCUGCUGGUGGGAGUGGGACACGCGUUUCCUCUGCCCACAGUGUCAAAGGUCACGGCGGCCGCGGCUCGAGACCAUCCUGGCGUUACUGGUGGCUCUGCAGAAGUUGCCGGUGAGACUUCCUGAAGGCGAGGCACUGCAGUGUCUAACGGAGCGGGCUAUCACAUGGCAAGGACGAGCAAAGGAGGCAUUAGAGAGCACAGAGAUACAGCAGGCUUUGGAGAAACUGCAGGAACUCAAAGACACACUACAGAGCGACACAAAGAAAGAGCCGGAGGUAAAGAAGGAGCCAGAGGAGAGUUCAGUCAUCGUCCUGUCCGACUCUGAGGAGCCUGAGGAUGAUGGAGUCAUAGAUCUGACCGAUGAGUCACCAAAGAAAAAGGAGAUUAAUGGUGUAAAGUCUGUUUCAGAAAAUGGCCUCAACCAGAAGUCCAGUGAAGGAGUGGGGUCUCUGCUGUUCCUGCUCCCAUCUCUGAAAGGCCCUGUUGUAGAGAUUUCUCCAUCCACCAGGGAGCAGUUGGAGGAGCUUCUUCUGGAAGGAGACCUGCUGGAGGUGUCCUUGGACCAGACCAACACCAUCCACAGGGUCCUACAGGCAGCCUCCAAUCCCCCCACAGACACGCUGCACACUCUGAUACAGAUUGAACUUGAGGAGCAGAGGCGAAGUAACCGCGGUCGGACCAAGGACAAAAGGAAACGUAAGGGUCAGAGAGGCUUGAACAGGGACGGGACAGACGCUUCGGAGUCCAAAAAAACCUGCCCUCCGAGUCAGAGCCCCUCCCUUCCCACGCCAACAGUCUACAUGCAUCCAGAGAUUUUGUGAUGCACUGGAGCUCUAUAUUUAUUGGAGCAACAUGCUAAAUGCCAGAAGACGGUGUCAAGAUUAGGGAAAGACACGGGACCCCCCCAUGUACCCUACUCCUUUAAACUUGUCCAUUUUUCCAACACUAACGGAGCAAAGGGACUCCUACGUACACUCCAUAUCAGUACCCCACUCAUCAAUCUUUCACACUGUAUUACUAUGCCCGCUCCACUGUCCCUCCCUCCUCUGGACAUAUAGGACUCAUGGACAGAUGGCGGUCUCUUUGUGCUCUCUUUGUGUUGAGUUGUUUCUAAGGUCAGUAUACCGUUAUCACAACUGUAUUAAACGCUAGUGCAAGCCUGGCUCACUCCGACUGUUGCAGUAUAUAUCUUCUUGAUUCAGCCCACACAGAAGUUGGAUAAACCGCUUGCGUGUGGGCAGGACACUUGAGUUAAGGUUCGGCAAUUGUUUUUAGCUGAUCUUAGAAAACAAACCAUGCUCACCCUUAAGUUAUAUUGAAUCUUGAUUUGAACAUUGUUUUACGGAUAUGUAUUUUGUUUAAAGUGGGAUAAACUAUUUGGGAAGUGUUAAAAACAGGCAUUCUUGUUUUGGUGCUACUUUCUCAGAAGUACCUCUUUGGCUUUCCCACCCUUCCUUUUCCUCCCUCUUAAUAUUUUAUUUUUUUAAGCUUUUCAGUCUUGUUUUAUUGCUUUAUUCUACCUUUAUUUUCUGCUCUCUGGAAGAACACAUCAACUUCACUGUAUUGUCCAUUCUGAGUUCAAAUUAUUAUAUAAAUAUUAUGGCUAUUACGGACACACAGCUGUCGUGAAUAUGUGUAUAAAGUUUUUCAUUUUAAUGUUUCUUUCACACUUGUUAGAAAAUAAAGGUUUAGAAUUGUUUAGGAA